CCUGAUCCGCAAUGACGUCUCAUACCCAUACCAUCGGCAUCACGAUCAUGAUACCGCUAUUAUACACAACAAAAGUUAGAUUGCGUGGUGUGCGAUGAGAGCGUCAUCGUGCAGGAAAGUUGAAUUCAGUGAGUGAGUAUCACUCGUGUCAGGUGCAAGUAGAGAGGUUCCGCCCUGCAUCGUUCAAUGGGAUAAAUGCAGAAGAUCGAACGCGAGUGGGCACAAGAAGAAGAAGCAGAAUUGUCACUUUCAGCGAAUGCUAUGCGAUCGAAAACGUGUAAAGUUUGCACGUGUAACCGAUUGCACGAAAGACUAGUUGUGCGUAACUAAUUGGUUCGAUACGAAAAUUGGGGUGUAAGAAGGAAUCAUCCUACCAUCAUCUGCGGUUCGGAAUACAUAAAAUGACCGAGGUAUCCGAGUUCGUGCCGUAAUUUAUGUGAAAUUUGGCGUAAAAACCGAUCGAUUGUCUUAUUUAUUGCCUUCGUAUGGAGAAAUGGCUUCAAGACAGAAAGCUUUGGUUAUUUGGUAGCACGUUACCUCUGCUGCCGAGAAGGUCCCGGGCGCCAAGCAAGACCAUGGAACGUUACGAGCGUCUUGCCAGGCUCGGUGAGGGAAGCUACGGUGUUGUUUUUCAAUGCCGAGAUCGUCAGACCGGGCGACUUGUCGCUGUGAAAAAGUUUCAACAGACGGAGGACGAUCCUCUGAUCCGUAAAAUCGCCCUCAGAGAAAUACGCUUGCUAAAGAACCUGAAGCAUCCAAACCUUGUGAACCUGCUGGAGGUGUUCAGGCGGAAGCGCAAGCUGCACUUGGUCUUCGAAUACUGCGAGCACACGCUGCUGAACGAGAUGGAAAAAUUCCCCAAGGGUUGCCCGGACUCGACGACCCGUCAGCUGACCUGGCAGAUACUUCAGGGUAUCGCCUACUGCCACAGGCUCGGUUGCGUCCACAGGGACGUUAAGCCGGAAAACAUCCUUUUAACCAGCGACGGUGUCGUCAAACUGUGCGAUUUCGGUUUCGCGAGGAUGCUAAGCCCUGGCGAAAACUACACCGAAUACGUCGCGACACGGUGGUACAGGGCACCCGAAUUAUUGGUAGGUGACACGCAGUACGGGACGCCGGUCGACGUCUGGGCGAUAGGAUGCGUGUUCGCGGAAUUGGUGAGGGGCCAGGCGUUGUGGCCGGGGAAAUCGGACGUCGAUCAGCUCUACCUGAUACGAAAAACUCUGGGCGAUUUGCUGCCGAGGCACAUAGCGAUAUUUCAGCAGAACGAAUUUUUCGCCGGUGUUACGCUGCCAGCGCCUCAGACGAUCACUCCCCUCGAAGAUUCUCUGCCCAACAGACCGAGUGCUCCGUUACAGAUCGACUUCCUUACGAAAUGCUUGGAUAAAGAUCCCGAGAAGAGAUGGACCUGCGAUCAGCUGUUGGAGCACCUAUACUUUGAAAAUUUUCACUUCAAAAUGCCGGACGUUGAGAUGGAAGAGUUUGAAAAAUUGCGAAAGUAUCGGGACAGAAGCAGAAAUGCGAACUACAGUCAAAUGGUAUUACCCCAGUUGCCCAAAGUUGGUAUGUCGCAUAACGUUCAUCACAAUCAGAAUGAAAAUCACCGGCCGAAAAGCUCGUCGAGACAGCAACAACCGAACUUCGAUCAUUUACCGACCAUAUGAGAGAUUCCUCGAAUUAUAAACCGCCAUAAUAAUGGUAACAAUAAGAAUAAGAAAA